AUGAAGAGCUUCUGUUUUCUUUUAGUAUUGGUUCUCCUGGCAGCAGCAACUUCAUUAGAGAUAUCGAAGGCUGAGAGUACUUGCAAACCAAGCGGUGGUAAGUUUUACACCACAUACACAUGCUCGGCUCUGGGGACAAGUGAGACAAAAGCAACACUUACACUAAACAGUUUCCAAAAAGGAGGUGAUGGCGGUGGUCCAUCAGAGUGUGACAAAAAGUACCACUCUGAUGACACACCCGUUGUGGCAUUGUCAACCGAAUGGUAUAAAGGAGGGGACAGGUGCCACAAGUACAUUACCAUUAAUGGAAACGGGAGGAGUGUGAAGGCGAUGGUUGUGGAUGAGUGUGAUUCUACUAUGGGGUGUGAUGCCAUACAUGACUAUCAACCACCUUGCCCUAAUAAUAUCGUUGAUGCUUCCAAAGCAGUUUGGAAAGCCUUAGGGGUAUCCGAAAGUAACUGGGGAGAUUUGGAUAUUACUUGGACAGAAUGA